AAUUGGAGUUUCCUGCCAUGUUUAUUGUUGAUCUGUGAUAUUUGAGUUGGAUCGUAACAGUCGAUUUUGAUUUGCAUGUCCUUCAAAGAAAAAACACAAAACAUUAUAGCGCAAGCGAACGAGAAACCGUGUGUGAGAGAAAAGAUAAUGCAUGAAUACCUAACAAGCGCGCUGCGCGCGGUCUAAAGAUAGCCAUCCCCAUUAAGACAUGAGCGUUGCUUAGCAAGCUUGGACACAUUGUCCACAGCGAGCGCUCAGCCGCUCGCCAUGAACGCGACCACGUACGUACGGCGCCUUUGCUCCCCUAGUCCCCUUCCAUCCCAACCUUUCUCUCUCUAGCUAGCUAGCUCGAGCUAGGCCCUCUCUCUCCCAUGGCGUACGACGGGGGCUCGGGGCCGUCCAAGCCUCCGCCGCCGCCGCGGUACGUGAUGCUCACGGAGGAGUACGGCUCCAGCUCGCUGGCCACGGUCCCGCCUGGCGCCAGCCGCAACAUGCCCCGGCACCGCAUCACGGACGGUGGCAGCCUGCGCGGCUGCCUCUGCUGGUGCUGCUGCUUCCUCCUCCUCCUCGUCGUGGCGGUGGCGGCGACGUCGGCGUACCUCCUGUACGCGUGCAGGCCCAAGGCCCCGUCCUACUCCGUGUCCGACAUGUCCGUGGCGCGGUUCGACGUGAGCUCCUCCGACCUCACCGUGUACGCCAAGCUGGUGGCGUCCGUCCGCGCGGAGAACCCCAACGACAUGGUCGGGAUCGGCUACGGCGCCGGGUCGCGGGCGGCGGUGUCGUACCGCGGCACGACGCUGUGCUCGGGGCGGCUGCCGGCGUUCUACCAGGGCCACCGGAACACGACGGUGGUGAGGGUGGCCAUGGAGGGGCGGCACGGCUUCGGGCCGGGGCUGCAGGGCGCGCUGGAGGAGAGCGAGGAGGCCGGCAACGUGCCGCUCGACGUGUACGUCAGCGCGCCGGUGACGCUCCGGCUGGGCGACGUCGACCUCCGGGAGGUGACGGUCAACGUGCACUGCGCGCUCGUCGUCGACGGCCUCUCGCCCAAGAAGAAGCCCGCUAUCAAGUCCGCCGAAUACAGGGUCAACGUAGAGUUUUAAUUCAUCAGGAAUUCAGGAUGUAUUGAAAUGACCAUGAUUACUUGUCUAAUCGAAUUUCUUAAUGUAGCUAUAGCUUGUAAUUAAUUAAGUCUGUAACUAAUACUAAAUGUUAAUUAGCUAGUACUCCGUACGUUAUAAAAUAUAAUAUAAUAGAUUUUGAGUA